AGCCUAUCUAUGCAAAGAAAAAUAAUUUUAACCGUCUGUAGUUGAAAUAAGUAUUGGGGAGGGUCAACUCUGUCCAAUAGCAUUGUGUGCUUAUGCGGAAACGAUUUACUUCACUUGUUUGUGAAUAUGCCAAUAUAUAAAUGUAUGCACAGCGCGUUUGGAGCUGACAUUUGACUGGGAGUCUACAAGAGAACGUUCUGCGUGAUUCACCCAGAGAAAGCAUUUAACAGUACGGACGUGUACGGAAGGGAAGACAUUUUAGCUCGGGAGGGAAGGAAGUCGCAACAUGAUUCGCCUAUCCCCUGUGAUCCUCGGGACUGUCCUGUUGGCUGGAGCGAUAGUGCACGCACAAGAGGUUCCUAAGUGCGAAGAUGCUGCAUAUCUAAACCGAACAAUGACAAUGGCUGGUGAACAACUCACUGCAAACUGUGAUAUGUUUGGCAUAGUCUGUAUGCCAAAAUGCAAGGAAGUUGUAUUACAGAUCAGGCAUGACGACUGUUUGGGGAAUAAAGACGUUGUUCAUUCGUUAAAGCAAUACACUGAGUUUUAUACUGGCAUGGACUACUUUUGGCGUGGUUUUGAGUCCUGCGAUGCCGAGUUAGAGGGGAGUACUCCUCCAAAUUAUGGUCCUAAAUGUGACGAUAUAGAGACAUAUAUGAAUCAAUCUCUGGAGGGUAUUGGCAAACAAAUGACCGAAAACAACUGUGAUAGUUCUGGUGCAACUUGCAACCCUGCCUGUAAAGAAUUGAUAGAACAGAUCAGGCAAGAUGAUGGUUGCCUAGGAAACGCUGGAAUGAUUGCUUUAAUGAAAAUUUAUACUGCAGCUGUUCCCAUGAUGGAUUUUUUCUGGCGAGCCUACCAUUCAUGUGAUGGCGAGCUAGGAAAACUGGAAACUCUGGGAAACCUCCCAGUUUCGUCCCCUCGAUGUGAGGACCUGUGGACAUAUAUGAACCAAUCGUUAACAGGUAUUAGCGAACGAAUAACCACUGACAGUUGUGAUGUCAUGGGAGAAACUUGCAACCCAAAAUGCAAAGAAAUGUUAAUAGAGAUCAAGCGUGACGAUGGGUGUUUGGGGAAUUCAGGAAUGGUUGCUGUAAUGAAGAUUUACUUGUCAACAUAUCCUGACGUAGCCUACUUUUGGAAGGCGUUUGAGUCUUGUGAUGCAGAAAUAGCCACGGAUAUGAGUAUCAUAGAUCCUCAAUGUCAGAAUCCGACGUAUAUGGACGAUAAAAUGAAGCUUUUCAGUCAGAAUGUGAUGGAAAAUUGUGAUGUAUUUAAUAUAAUCUGCUUGCCAAAAUGCAAAGAAUUGAUAUCCAGGACAAAAAGUGAAGAUGUCUGCCUGGGGAAUAAAGAUGUAGUCAAGUCGUUAAAGACAUUCACAGAAAACACUCCAGGUAUGAACUUCUUUUGGCAAGCCUUCAGAUCCUGUGACGCUGAAUUACUGAAUGGAGACAAUACUACAAGCGAUGGCCCUAUGUGCGACUUUAUGGCAUUUAUGAGCUCGGGUGAAAUGAUGGGUAUUGGUCAAAAACUGAACAGCACCUGUGAUGAAUCAGGUGCAACCUGCAACCCAAAUUGCAAAGAAUACAUAGCACAGAUUAGGCGUGAAGAUGGUUGCCUAGGAAACGCUGGAAUGAUUGCUUUAAUGAAAGUCGUCACUGCAACUAUUCCCAUGAUGGAUUCUUUCUGGCGAUCCUAUCAUUCAUGUGAUGGCGAGCUAGGAAAACUGGAAAGUCUGGGAAACCUCCCAGUUUCGGCCCCUCGAUGUGAGGACCUGUGGACAUACAUGAACCAAUCAUUGAAAAGUAUUGGUGAACGAAUAACCACCGACAGUUGCGAUGUUACGGGGAUUAAAUGCAAUCCAAAGUGCAAAGAUAUGAUUAAAGAGAUCAAACGUGACGAUGGCUGUCUGGGAAAUUCAGAUUUGGUGAAUGUCAUGAAGAUUGUUGCAGC